GCGAUGCCUAUCCAUCUACAUACGAUAAUUGAUCAUUACGAAGCCAUUACGUCUCUUAGGUGAAGAGAGGAAACUGUAUCUACUAUCUUGUGCCUGGAGGUUAUGAAGUCAAAGCAGAUGGGCAAGCACAGAAGUAUAUAUAUAGGUGCCAGUCGAGCCCCCUUAGUCUCAAAAACUCUUCCUUCUCAUCAUCAACAACAACAACCGACUUAUAUGAACUUUAAUUCCAAGAUCAAAUAUUCUUCGACUUGAUUAUCGGCGACAAGACUCACAAUGGCAACUCCAUUUCCACUCCCCGUCCGCCAACCACCCUUCCGUAGGAUUGGGCACUGGCUGCCUGAGAACGACGAUCUUCUUAUAGAUUGGCUUCGCGGUCUCCUCGAGGAGAUCGAAAGAGACAAGAAAAAAUUCAAGGGCCCAUGGGUUCUCAGUCCAGAGGUGGAUGACUUAAAGAAAUACGUUGAGAGCUCUGCCGAGCUUCGCAUGCUGGCUCAAGCCAUGCUAGACGAGGUCCCUAACAAGCCCCCUUAUAUCGAUGACCCUGUUGGCAACAAACAAAUUAAAUCUCUUGAUGAUUUGUACAUUUGUUUCGACAAGGUUAUGACGUCGAGGGCUCCUAUAUGGAGAAAGUUGGAAUACGACGUCGGUCUGGUUGGAUUUCCAUUCAAUGCCGUUUUAGACUGGCCAAUGGCUACUCCUAGUGGAUAUGCCUUUUUUCUCAAGCCAGAUAUCAAUAAGAAAUUCGAAGUCAUACUCAACACUUGGAAGACAAACUUCUUACAGACAAUUGCUUCUGCAAAAGUCCUGCUACCCAAAGAGGGUGACGACAUUCCAUUAGAUGAGGCUUGGUUGAGCCCUGAAUCGCGGAAGCAAAUCGAAGAUGACACCAAUCUCGAAGGUGAACAUCUCAAAUUCGAGGAACUUUUUGAGUGUGACCCUAAGAAAGACUACUGGGGUUUUCAAUCUUGGGACGAUUUCUUCAUUCGAACGUUCAAGCAGUACCCAGAUAAAGAACUCCGCCCCAUUCACUUCAAGGACAAUGAUGAUUGGAUCAUAAACUCGUGUGAAUCUAAGCCUUUCUCGCUCCAGCCCAAUGCAAAAGACUACGACAAGUUUUGGCUAAAGGGACAGCCAUACUCCGUCAUGGACAUGUUGAAUAAGAACGAAGAUUAUGCAUCCCUGUUCGUCGGUGGCACAGUUUAUCAGGCCUUCUUGAGUGCUACCUCUUACCAUCGCUGGGACUCGCCAAUCAGCGGCAAAGUCCUCUACACUGAGGUUAUCCAAGGCACCUACUUUGCAGCGCCUACUGUCACGGGGUUUUCCAAUCCUGAUGGGCCUGAUCCGGCUUCUCCAGACCUUGCCCAAGGCUAUAUUACCCAUUUUGCCACGCGAGCCGUCUAUUACAUUAGAAACCCGAAAAUUGGCAUCAUCGCUCUUCUCUACGUUGGCAUGGCCGACGUGUCUUCUUGUGAGAUUAAUGAGAAGUUUAUCAAUGUGCCUGAGGGAGGAGUAGAAGUUAAAAAGGGAGAAGAACUUGGAAUGUUCCAUCACGGAGGCUCAACUUAUUGUCUUCUGGUUCCAAAGGGAACCAAGGUUGCUUUCAUUCCCGAAGCUACUCCCCGAGAGGGACAGAGAAACAUUCCCAUUCGAAGCCCACUAGCUCGAGUGUACAAUGAUGAUAUUGAGGAUGAACUUAGGAAUUAACUACCUGCCAGUCAACUUCGACAGGCCAUGUCUCUCUUUGGCAAACAGUUUUCGCUGUGAUGGAACACUCAGGGGUCACGCAGGAAGGUGGAUUGCCACGGACAUUCAUUCAAAUCUGUUAAUGUGCUUUUCGUCACUCCUUAGUAAAAUUAUGAAUAUCAGUCAUUUAUCAACUAACUUCUGAUUAGCCACUGGUGGUGAUCUCUAAUUGUGGCCUGUAUGAAAAAGUUACCCGCUCAACUUAUCUCGGCAAUUUAGUCUCGGU